UGCGAUGAAGGGAAUUAGGAAUUAGGAAAUAGGAAUAGGUAUUGUAUGUUUGUAUGUAGGUAACACUGAAUCAAAAACCCUAGCGCUUUCUUUUUCUCUAACUGGGAACUGAAAAAGAAAAGAGGCGAAAAAAGGCAUUUCAUUUUCAUAGUGAGGGAAGAGGGUAUGAGUAUGAUUGGGUAACAUUAACAUUAACAUUAACAACAACAUUAACAUCAACAUUUUGGGUUGAAAAUCGGAAAGGGAACUAUGUACAAAGAUCGAGGAGUUUCUGUGUCGAAAUCGGAGGAUCGGAAGCGAAUCAACGACGUCCUCGACAAGCAGCUGGAGCGAUCCUCACCGUCCACUUCAAGGGUCAUCAACGCCAAGGAUAGGUCCGAUAAGGACCCUCGCUCCGCCUCCAUCUCCAAGAAUUCCAACAUCUCUGAUAUUGAAUCGGAAACAGACAGUGAAGAGUCAGAUGUCAGUGGUUCUGAUGGAGAUGACACAUCUUGGAUCUCAUGGUUCUGCAAUCUGAGAGGAAAUGAAUUCUUUUGUGAGGUUGAUGAUGAUUACAUCCAAGACGACUUUAACCUUUGUGGAUUAAGUAGUCAAGUGCCGUAUUACGACUAUGCUCUUGAUUUAAUUUUGGAUGUUGAAUCCUCCCAUGGUGACAUGUUCACAGAGGAACAAAAUGAGUUAGUUGAAUCAGCAGCAGAGAUGCUUUACGGUCUGAUUCAUGCCCGAUACGUAUUGACAAGCAAAGGAAUGGCUGCCAUGCUCGACAAGUACAAGAACUAUGAUUUUGGCAGAUGCCCGAGAGUUUACUGUUCUGGACAACCCUGCCUUCCAGUUGGCCAGUCAGACAUUGCCAGAUCAAGUACUGUGAAAAUAUACUGCCCUAGGUGUGAAGACCUUUACUAUCCUCGGUCCAAGUAUCAAGACAUUGAUGGAGCUUAUUUUGGAACAACAUUUCCACACCUCUUCCUGAUGACGUAUGGACAACUGAAGCCACAGAAACCAUCACAGGGCUAUGUUCCAAGAGUUUUUGGGUUCAAAAUUCACAAGCCAUGAAGCUGAAGUUUAAUCUUUCAUGAGAGUAAGAGUCUGCCCAUGUCUUAAUUAACUCUUCCUUGUAGUACUCUUUGCAACAUCCAGCAGAUCAUAAGCUUUUUGAAUUAGUACAAUCUAGAUCUCCAUUUUCUUGUUUUAGGAGCGUGUUGUAAAGAAAUAUGCUGACAUUUGAAGCAAGUGCCUAGUUUCACUUUCAGCUUCAAAUUCAAUGUGCAAGUGCUUAGGUACUUGAUCAUACUUUUUAAUGGUUUAUUACAAAUUGUAUUCUUGCAGUUAACUUUACUUAAUGUUGUCUAUUAUUAUGCCUCAGAUUACGGAUCCCCUGCUAUUUUUAUAUUGUUUUAUUCCAUUCCCCCCUAUUUCUU